CAAUGGACGCUGAGUAAUUUGAACGGUAGUAAAUGUUAGCGUCCCUAGAAAAAUGCGCGUCCCCAAGCGAGUAAAAAAGCGGCUGUUUUAUACAGUAUCUGUUAGUUUUUUUUAGUACCGUUGAGCAAGGAGACGCAUUGCUUGCGCGGUGUGAUGCGGGAGCGAGAUAUGCAGUUGCUCAGGGAAGACAGUCAGCAGAGAUAAGCUACAAGCUUAGAGCGCUGUCCGUACGGGCCUGUCAUGCUAGUUGUGUUCAGUUUGAUUUACCGGUUCACGCUAGGGAAGAAAUGCUUGCUGAGAUAGAAUUUGACAACAACAUUAGUCGUGCAAUAGAAAAGAAGAAAAAACCUGGAAGACCAAGAUUACCAAGAGAAAAAGGGAAGCCAUGGUUGAUGCAGGAAGCUAUUCAGUUCAUACUCAAGGCUCAGGUGAAGUUCCUGGUCAGUGAAGGGAUCCAGCCAGAACUAAAGGAUAUUGUUGGACAAAUCUGGUUUGCAUAUCUAAGAAAAAAAAAGCUUGCAUUUUUCGAAAAUCCUCCUUCACCAUCUGAAAUCCUGAAAAAAGGAAGACAACAUGAAAGUAAAAGAAACAAAAACAGAAAGAAAGAGUUGUCAGACACAGAAAGUGAACUACCAGAAUUAUGUUCUGAGUUUGACGAAGAGAGUUGUUAUUCAGGCGACAAGCCGACUAAAGCUGAAGAAAAGACAGAGGAUCUUCUGUUCAGUGAUAGCGACACGGAAGAUGACAAAUCUGGGGAUGAGAAUAUUGGCUCAUUGAAUUCCAAUAGUAGACAAAAUAAAUCAUUGUGUUUAAGAACAACAGUGGCUAUCAUUUAUCUUGCUCUUCUGCAGUUAAAUGAGCCAACCUUUUUGAGUGAUAUAAUAAGAUGGAUCAAGGAAGGGAGUUUUCCCUACUUUGGCGGAACAAGGUUUCUUCCCAAUUACAUGAAGUUGAGCCAUAGUGAUUCAAGGGCAUUGUCGUUAAAUUGCGUCCCCAUGCGUCAACAUGUCUUGAUGAAUGCAAGAUCUAUUGCUAGGACGCUAAACAUAAAGUCAUUCCCACAGCAAGACCUGAAGAUAUAUAUCUCGCGAUAUAUCUUGGACCUCAACCUACCAGGAAUUAUCCACGGAUUUGUACACAGGCUUAUGCAGAUACUGACGCCGUUAUUUUCUGUGUUUGGCAAAACACUUCAGCGAAAUGAUUAUGAGUUGGCAGCAAUGGCGUACAUUUUGAUGGCUGUUAAGCUCUGCUACGGGCUUGACGAUAAAAACGACAAUAGCAAGCGGUUUCAAGAAGCUCUGAGUCAAACGACCGACGAAGCUGUUGAUACUCAUAAUACACUGCCACUGUGGAGUGAUUGGGCUUCCUGUGCACAAGCUUGUCAGUCAAAGAGACGAGAAGCCGGCGUGCCCUGGACAGACGAAGAGUUACGCGAGACACGUGACCCACGAACAUACGGGACCUUUUGCAAGACCGCUGCGUUCGGCUCGUGGGCAUCCCGCGACCCCGAAAUGCUCGAAGGCAAAGCUGCCAUCCCCGCGAAAAAGAGGUCCGUGCGCAAGGAGCGAUGGAAUAACUGCGCAGAGAUAUUCUCAAAUUUAGUGGCCACACCGGAAGCUCCUUGCACAGAUCAACACACGACGACGAGUUUCCCCACAGCCUGUCGACACGCGACAGACGACACGAAUGACUGCUUUCAUACGACACGCGACAGGCGGUUAUCGUUAGAGUCAACGUCAAAACUCUGUAGUGAGCGUUCAGUAUCUAGAGAAACAGACGAUGAAUCCUGUCAACAGUUCCGUCGAUACGUGUGCUAUUUGCGACCCGGUUCUUUUAUGAACACACGACCUUCGUCGUACGACUUUUUGUUGCGACUUUUGUCGAGUCGCAUCGAAGCGAGGCCAGAGGAUCUUGAAAAAUUACUUGUUAAGCUUGAGUCGGCAAUGUUUGCUAUUUCUCAGGGAAAGGAACUGCCUAACUAUGGCAGCAGGAGAUUUUGACAAACAGGGUAUUGAUGCUUCGUCCUGUUUAUUUUCUGGUUGUCUUGAGUGCAGGCAUAAUUGCGAAAAGUUUGGAGGUUAUUUAAUUAUUAAAAAAAAUUAUAAAGAGAUGCUUGAGAUGUGCGGUUUGAUAAAUUAAACGUUUAAGUGUUUCUCAAUGUC